AAAAAAGUGAGCUUAUGGAGCUAAACAGGUCUAACAAGGUGUUUCAAUUGAUUUUUUUGAUUGUCGCCUUUUCUUCGAGUUGGUGGGGCAAAUUGUCAUGUUUGUAAAUUGACUAUGCGAAUACAUCAUUAAUUAUCAAUCUAUUCUAGUGUUUCCAAAAAUUAUGCCAGUGAGCUUAUGUUUUCAGUGAUGUUUUUUGGUUUCAUGGUAAAAUGGGUUUAAAUGUGAACCUUCAACCAUGGAUAUGUUUAAAUUGUCAUUUGGCUGCCAGAUGAAAAUCAAAGGAUUCAUCUUGCUGAUUAUUUGUCUCGUCCUAUCUACUCUCUUCUAUUGCUUGGUUGGUGAUCAAAAACCAUUAGAAGGAAUUAUCUAUGACAACCAUUUUUCCCAAAGUUUGGUCAAAAUUAAAAAUGUUGUGGUACCUGCGGUUCAAGAGAAUCGAAAUUAUUACUUGAACAGUAACACUCAACAAAAAAGUAAUACCGAAUUAAAAGAGAAAUAUCUUAAAAACCUGGGAUUCACGAACAAUCCUAGAUUGUUUCCUAGCUCUUUUUGGAAUAAUGUUACCUUACCAGUUUUUGUCACUGCCAUUAAAAACAAUGAAAUUCAUUAUGCCCAAGAAUUGAUAAGAUCAAUGCAAGAAUCUUAUCCGGAGGCUUCAUUGCUAACUUAUCUUCUAGACAUGGAUGAGGAGGAAACUGAAGAGGUUACCAAAUUUUGUAACUCCUCUGUAUCAUGUUACGUGAGAAAGUUUGAAUUUCAAGAUUUUCCUCUCCAUGUUAGCGAUCUCAAAUUAUUUGCAUUUCGUCCAAUUAUAAUUCAACAAGUUUUAAAUCAAGCUGGUGCUGUUUUAUGGAUUGAUCCCGGUUACCAGUUAACAUCUUCAACUAAAACUAAACUUGAAAAAGUGACUGAUGCAGCCAAGAAGGAAGGUUUACAGUGUUGGACAAUCGAUGAACCUACAACCGCCAUGACACAUCCAAGAAUGUUUGAUUAUUUCCAUACAUCUCCAGAAAACUAUUAUUUUCAUCGAAUGAUCGAGUCAUCGAUUCUUGUACUAUAUAACAUUGAAAAAAUUCACACACAACUUAUGCUACCUUGGCUAAAGUGCGCUUUAACAACAGAUUGUAUUGCACCAAUAGGAGCUCAAAGUUAUGGUUGCAGAUUCGAUAAAAGGCCAUUAUAUAGGUAUUCUGGUUGUCAUCAUUAUGACUUGUCAGCUUUAAGUAUUAUUUUAGGUUACAUGUACAAUUAUCGAGCUGAACCUUAUUCGACUGAUGGGGAAAACAAAUUCUUCACCAUGAUCACAUCGGACGAAGGUGAUGAUUCUAAGUCAACUAAAAAUUCUCUAGAAUAUACUGGAAUAGAUCCAAUAUUGAGGCAUAAAGCAAGAAAAGGAAAAGGAAAGUUCAAGUAAACUGAAUCGACAAGGAAAACAAAGAUUUUAAAUGAUGUGAUAUGUGAAAUAUCAUAAAACAAUAUUGAGAAACAACCUUUUCUACGUGACUGUACUAGAUGAGUCAUUUUCAACCAUCCAAAAGUUAUAUUUCUCAUUAACUUAUUACCAGUGAAGAUUUAUCUUAUUGUUUUGAAAGAUACUGAUCGUAAAAUUUUUUAGGUUCAUUGUCUUCUAUGUAAAUGUUGUACAAUGAUUUUUGUGUUGCUUUUUUUUCUUUUUUUUCUACUGACAUUUAUUUGCUUAAUUAAUCAAGUUAUUCAAUUAUUAAAAUAUAACACCUUUGAUAA